AUGGCUGCGCCUGUAGACCAGAGAAUAUCGGUGCCGAUAGGCGACCCGAAUGCAGACACAGAAUGGAACGACAUCUUGCGCAAACAGGGUAUCAUACCUGAGAAGCCCCCAAGUCCGACACCGAUGAUUGAGGAAGCUAUUCUUGAAGGCCGAAGACUCGCUCAUGAAAACAGACUGGAAGGAAAGGACUUAGACGAGCUAGACGAGCUCGAGGACGACGAGGAUGAGGACUUCUUGGAACAAUACCGACAAAAGCGUAUGGCCGAGUUGAACAAGCUACAGCAAAAGUCAAUUCACGGCACAGUUUACCCUAUUUCAAAGCCAGAUUACCAGCGAGAGGUCACCGAUGCAUCACAAAAUGGACCUGUCUUCGUCAACCUCACAUCAUCCAUGGGCACCAAUGUUGAAUCCAGGGUCCUGUCGGAGCUCUGGCGACAAGCAGCCAAGGAGUACGGUGAUAUCAAGUUUUGCGAAAUUCGAGCGAACCAGGCUAUCGAAAACUACCCUGAUCGCAACUGCCCCACGAUUUUGGUUUACAAGAACGGCGACAUUGUCAAGCAGAUUGUCACCCUCGUCACCAUCGGUGGAGUUCGUACAAAUAUGCGCAACAUCGACAACUUGCUGGUCGACGUCGGCGCUGUACCAGAUACAGACUUGCGAGUCGUAAAGAGAAGAAGGGCCGCUGAGGAUGAAGAAGACGAGCGCUUGGCUGCUGGUGGAAAGUCCAUCAAGUCAGGCAACCUUACGCGAUCGACUGUUAAUGAUGAUGACGAUGAUGAUUGGGACUAA